GGCAGAUUAUACUUAAUGCCUUAACGGCUUCGACCGUUGCCACUUUUAAUUUCUACCGUCGACAGAUCAUAACUAUUAGUUAAAACUUAGAUAGCUGGUACAUUGAAAGAAUUUAAUGGCAGGCAAUGGCCUGCCAUCUCUGGGUCGUGUAAAGCUUACUGAUCUCAUACUCUCUGAAGGCCUUCCUUCAGACUCAUACAAGCUAUCGGUUUCUACUUUGUCACGGUCAUUUGCUCAAUAUUCUGCUGCCAUCAUUCAGAUUCCAGCUAGUGAUGGACCUUUCUUAAGAUCUGGUUUAGAUUCUGCUCGCCUUUACUUCCUACAAAAGGCAGCAUACUCGUCUGCAGACAUGAAAAGUUAAGUCUCUUUCAGCCUGUCUUUAGGACGUCUCUACAAAUUGGACCCACCAUCUCAUUUCCUCUUCUUUUUUUUUCUUUCUCAGGAAUUUUGCUGCAUUAUCUGCUUAGCCACUCUGAAAGAUGGAGCGGUCCAGACUUAAUAUGAGGGGCCGUUGCUCUGGUUCAACACCAUCAGAGGAAUCAGCUUUGGAUUUUGAAAGAAAUUGCUGCUGUCAUCCUCAUCUUCCUUCAUUUAGUCCACCAACGCUUCAGCCUUUUGCUUCAGCUGGAAUGCACAAUGAGAGCAAUGCCCCUUACUUUUCAUGGCCACCCUCCAGCAGAUUAAAUGAUGCUGCUGAAGAGAGGGCAAACUAUUUUGCUAAUCUACAGAAAGGAGUGCUGCCUGAAACCCUUGGUCGGUUGCCAAAAGGGCAACAAGCAACAACAUUACUCGAGCUAAUGACCAUAAGAGCAUUUCAUAGCAAGAUUUUGAGAUGCUACAGUCUUGGGACAGCAAUUGGGUUUCGUAUUAAAAAAGGUGUACUGACUGAAACACCAGCUAUCCUUGUUUUUGUCUCCAGGAAGGUUGACAAGCAAUGGCUCAGCCCCAUCCAAUGUCUACCUACUGCCCUAGAGGGACCAGGAGGUGUAUGGUGUGAUGUGGAUGUUGUAGAGUUCUCUUAUUUUGGUGCGCCUGAGCCAACACCCAAGGAGCAGCUGUACACAGAGAUUGUGGAUGAUUUGCGUGGGGGUGAUCCGCAUAUUGGCUCAGGUUCUCAGGUAUUGUCAAGUUGCCUUGUAAUAUUUUUUCAUUCACCUGCAGAGACAUUUGUCAGAGCAGAUGGUGCUUUUAUCCCUUUCACUGAUGAUUUUGACAUGUCCACUGUUACUACAUCCGUUAAAGGUGUUGGAGAGAUCGGUGAUGUCAAGGUUAUUGAUUUGCAGUCUUCAAUUGGUAGCAUUAUUGGUAAGCAAGUUACGAAGGUUGGAAGGAGUUCUGGUUUAACCUCAGGAACUGUAUUAGCCUAUGCCCUUGAAUACAAUGAUGAGAAAGGCAUAUGCUUCUUAACUGAUUUUCUUGUUGUGGGCGAGAAUCAGCAGAGUUUUGACCUUGAAGGGGAUAGUGGAAGCCUCAUCAUAAUGAAGGGUGAAAAUGGGGAGAAGCCAAGGCCUAUAGGAAUUAUAUGGGGUGGAACUGCCAACCGGGGCCGGCUUAAGCUAAAAGUUGGACAGCCACCAGAAAACUGGACUAGUGGGGUUGAUCUUGGGCGCCUACUCAACCUCCUUGAGCUUGAUAUCAUCAUAACGGAGGAAGGGCUUAGAGUGGCAGUUCAAGAACAAAGAGCUGCCUCAGCAGCCGCUAUUGCCUCCACGGUUGGGGACUCUUCACCUCCCGAUGGAGUUCUUCUAAAGGACAAAAGUGAAAACAAAUUUGAGGCAUUGGCUUUUCAGAUUCAGCAUAUCCCUUUAGAAGUAGAUUGCAACAGCCCAGAAGUGAAUCCGUCAACAAUAAAAUCCGAGUUUCAUUUGGAAGAUGGUAUCAACGCUGGUCCUAGUGUAGAGCAUCAGUUUAUUCCAAGCUUCAUUGGACGAUCUCCCUUGCAUAAAAACUUCUCAGAUAAAGCUGUUUCUGAAAAUCUUGCUUCAUUAAGGAAUGGGUGUGAUGAAGAUUUUUGUGUUUCAUUGCAUUUGGGUGACAAUGAAGCGAAGCGGAGGAGGUCAGAGGCUUCAACCAGCACAGAAGAACCCAAGUGAAACCGUUUAGUAGCUUCAGCUGGGAAUCAGUGACCUGCCCUUUGUAGUUGGUAUUGCAGCUUUAAUCAAGUGAGUGAAGGCUGCAAAUUUUAUUUGUUAACUUUAUCGACUUUACUAGGUCAAGUUAACCUCAGUAUUUAAUAUAGUGCAGAAUCCUUUUCUUGCU